UUUCGUUUCUCUUGGUCUAUUAGCCUUGCUAAUCCACAGAUUAAACCUAGUUUGGAAACACCUAAAAUAUUACAAAAAACUUCAUCCUUUACAUGGUGAUUAUUGAACUCCAUAGUCUCAAUCAAGAACAAAGUUGGAAACAUGGAAUUCAAUUUUUCUUUGACUUCCUCUGACGUCUGUACCAGUCAAGAAAUGUCCAAAAUAAGCCAGACUUGGUUCCCAAGUAAAACGUGACUGUUCACAGAUUGAAUGAAAAUUAGCUGUUUUUAAUAUUUUGUAAAUUUAAUGUUCAAUCUGGACAGUCCGAAAUCACUGGUGUCCGUUAAGUGCCAAAACUCUCUCUCCACCUCCGCCUUGUAUUUGUACUCCAACUUUGGUAGUAAUAUUACAUGAGCUGAGCACGAUCCCCUCCCAAAACCCUCGUGCAAUCUCAGACAAAAAUGGAGGAGGGCUUGUUAUUGCCGAGAGGCAAAGAUCAUGUGGAGGAAAGAAUAGAGUCAUGGGGUUUGUUUUUCGAAGAAGUCAAGAGGUUGGGUUCCUUGGCAGGGCCUAUGGUUGCUGUUUUGCUAUCCCAGUACAUGGUGCAGGUUGUUUCCAUGAUGAUGGUCGGUCACCUCGGCGAGCUUGCUCUCUCCAGCACUGCCUUGGCUAUAUCCUUCUCCGGGGUCACCGGCUUCAGUCUUCUUCUAGGAAUGGCCAGUGCACUUGAAACUUUAUGCGGGCAAGCAUAUGGAGCUGAGCAAUAUCAGAGAGUUGGACUUCAAACCUACACUGCCAUAUUUGCUCUCACCUUAGUUUGUCUUCCUUUAUCUUUAAUAUGGUUCUAUAUGGGGGAGCUACUUAUGUUGAUGGGCCAAGACCCUGAAAUCUCACGUGAAGCUGGCAAAUUCACAAUCUGGCUUCUUCCUGCUUUAUUUUCAUAUGCAAUUCUCCAACCGCUCAAUAGAUACUUUCAGACUCAAAGUCUAAUAAUUCCUAUGCUCCUGAGUUCUUUGGCGACUAUUUUGUUCCAUAUUCCUCUCUGUUGGGCUCUAGUAUUCAAGUCUGGACUGGAUAGCCUUGGAGGGGCAUUGGCAAUGAGCAUAUCGUACUGGUUCAAUGCUAUUGUACUUGGAUUGUUCAUGAAGUUUUCUCCUGCCUGUUCAAAAUCUAGAGUCCCAAUUUCUAUGGAGCUAUUCCAUGGAAUGAGAGAGUUUUUUCGCUAUGCUAUCCCUUCUGCUAUAAUGAUAUGCCUUGAGUGGUGGUCAUUUGAGCUGCUUAUCUUGCUGUCUGGGCUUUUACCAAACCCAGCCCUUGAAACUUCAGUUCUUUCUGUAUGUCUCCAGACCAUUGCCACACUCUAUUCAAUACCAUAUGGGUUUGGUGCUGCAGCAAGUACUAGAGUUUCAAAUGAACUAGGUGCUGGCAACCCAAAAGGUGCUCGUAUGGCUACUCGUGCUGCGAUGUUUCUUGCACUUGCAGAGUCAACUGUAAUAACCACAAUUCUCUUUGCCUGCCGCAAUGUAUUUGGCUACACUUUUAGUAACGAGAGAGAUGUUAUUGAUUACGUCACAACCAUGGCUCCUCUAGUUUGUCUUUCUGUUUUACUAGACAGUUUUCAAGGGGUUCUUUCAGGUAUUGCUAGAGGAUGUGGGUGGCAGCAUAUAGGGGCAUACGUAAACCUUGGAGCAUUCUAUUUAUGUGGGAUUCCAGUUGCUGCUACUUUAGCUUUCUGGGUGCAACUAAGAGGAAGGGGUCUUUGGAUAGGAAUACAAGUUGGAGCUUUGGUGCAAACCACUCUGCUUGCUAUUGUAACAACUUGUACAAACUGGGAAAAACAGGCAAGUAAGGCAAGGGAGAGGAUAUUUGAGGCGAGCGACACAGAAUCUAAUUGACUGUUGCACUGAUCGAGCAGAGAUUAAUAAGUUUUGAUGAUGAGCAUAAUUCUCUUUGAUCACGGUACUAAGGAGAUGUUACUAUCUUCUUUUAAUUGAGCUAACAGCAUUCCUGCAUAGAACACAAUGAGGGUUCCCAUAUUGAGCACCUGAAAAAUGUGCGGAGCGCCUUCAAUGCACUGGCUGUCCCUGAACAGCCUACAGCCACCUUUAAAGGGCCGAAAGUUUUAAAUGAGCUUUUAUCAUGAUACACUGAUGUGGAAAAUGGAAAGUUAACUGUCAAUUGUAUGCGUUCUGCAAUUUUCCUUGCGAAAUCUUAAACUUUAUGUCUGCAAUACAAGCAAACAUUUAACAUCUGGUUUGUUUUUCUAAUCAUUUUUCACUGCAAGAAAUCACCUAUUAAUGUGAUGUUAACAUCAGUG